GGUUAGGAUUAGGGCCUGAGAUGCUGUCGACGAAUUCAAGCAGGUUUCGCUAUUGCGAGUACAAAAUUACGUGUGAAUAAUCGUAUUUUAAUCUUCUUCCAACGUGCCUGAAUGUUGAUAAAAAAUAUAAGACCAUAGAUACCGUAUCUACGAUCUACAGUACAUCAGUAUUUACUAUCUUCGACAAAGUUUUUCAGACUGUGCCAUUGCUAUAUUCUAACAGUAGCGCGCAACCGACCCCUGCCAGCCGUGCGCUAUAUUUGGGUACAACUCUAGACGGCGAUGACGUAUGAACAUGGCAGCCGGGUGAAUGACGCAGCACUGCGGAGUCAUCUAAUGUCUGUUACAGAGAGACUUUGGGAAUAAACCGGCCGGUCCUUCCAUCAAGCAACAGCCGACAUCGCCGCUCUGAAACUGCAAAUGGAUUCGCAAGAUGAAAGCCUCAACCCUGGCGGCAACCUGGACUUCUUCCUGAUGGUUGAAGACAAAAGAAUCCCGGUGGAUAGGGACAUGCUUGUAAGGUCAAGCAACUACUUCCGGGCGAUGUUCUCCUCAGGGAUGAGGGAAAACUGUCAGAAGUUCGUCCAGCUGCACGGGCUGUCGUCAUCAAGUGUACGGGCUCUGGUAAAUCUGCUCCAAACAUCACAGCUCUCAUUAAAGGACACAGACAUCGAGGACUUCAUAGCUACGGCAAAUUUUCUACAGGUACAGAAAGCCAUGGAUUACGUCAAGUCACACCUGGACGCACACACCUGUGUUGAUGUGCUUAACAUUGCGGAGAUAUACUGUAUUGAUGACCUGGAGGAAGCUGCCUACAGUUUCUUGGUAGAUAAUUAUUUCGAUAUAUUUAGAAAGGGACAAUAUGAAAGGCUGACAGAAGAGCAGCAGAAACGGGUGCGAGAACUUAGGAAGAGCAUCAAAAGUUAUAUCUGCGCCAUAGUUGUGUACGACGAGGCAAGUGCAGAUACACCAAGAAGAACGCGGCAUCUUUAUUACCAUGACGACAAAGACGAUGUUUUCAGACCUUAUAAAACAGUUGACUCCAGGGUACCAAAGUCUUCAUUCGGAGCUGCCGUAUUGGACAACAACCUGUACAUUGUGGGAGGGUAUACAGGCACCGACGGGUCCACUGGACAGGCCGUCAGCUCCGGGUUUCGUUUCGAUCCCAUGACACGGCAAUGGCACGAAAUCAAACCUUUACAACAAGCGAGAGCCGCGUUUACUCUGGCAGCUACCGAUACACACUUAUACGCCAUUGGUGGGAAGGCUGAAGCGGAUCUGUUCACAGUGGAAAGGUACGAUCCUAAGGACGACUCUUGGGCCUUCGUCACACCCCUGCCGAGACCUGUGACACCCGAGGCCGCAACAGCUUGCAUGGGAGACAUCUAUGUCGCAGAGAGCUCGGCUCGGUUCAUGAGUCCCGGUAGACUGCUGAAGUACUGCACGGGGCAGGGCGAGUGGACGGACCUGGGGAAGAUCCCCUACAGACUGCAGUGUGACAGCGACAUGGUGUCCUUUGCAGACUUCGUCGUUCUGAUCGGCAGCCAUGCUAUCAAGAGUUAUAACAUCACCAGCGGAGAGUGGUACACUAUGAUGCGGCCAAUGGGAGGAGGUUACAGCAAGAACCGUUUUGACCAUGUCGUCUACGACGGAGACAUCUUCUUUGUGGGGAGGGUGACGACCCAGCGCUGUACCCCCUCCAGAGGCGUGUGGGACUGUCUGGCCGGAGUACCCGGCUGUGGGUACAGGAAAGCGUUUGUGUUGAAGUUGAAACGACUGUUGCCUUUUCCAGACGAGGUGUACGGCGGCUGCGAUGCCGGAAAGGCGACCAACGCAUAAGAUGAAACACCUUAUUACGUACUAGCAACGUUAGUCAGUUGAAAAGGCUUUUGUUUUAGGUACUAGUAUUGCAAGUGAUAACUGCCUCCAUCCAAUGAAUCUUGAGAAAAUACAAGUUACACGAUAGCAGAACAAAUGUGAAAAGCGUGUGCCGAGUAUUCAUCCUUUCGGUGAUGCAGUUUGUGCAUCAUCUUAUACUUGACAUACGGGAUAGACUUUGGCAUUUCACAUUUUGGAAUACAUUUAUAUCAUCCAGACCUCAGAUAAUGAUCGAUCACUAAUUCUAGAAGAGCGACCUUUCUUUUGACUCUUUAGCGCAGGCACACUGCCAAAAAUACAGUCUAGAAGCCUCCCUAUGAAAAUAUACCUUCAGAAUACUGCAACAUAGUCGGGACAAACAAUGGGCCGCCUUAGACUGGUUAGAACAUGUGGCUACACCGGGAGAUAGUCAGGACUUGUUGGUAUUGUAAGGGGGUUGGCUAUUUUCCGUAGGUACUAG